GCUCACUCGCGACAACUUGCGAUACUCGUAUAAUCCACCGCCGACACCGCGUUCGCCGAACAACGCACACCAUGGCUUCAGUAGCCGCACCAUCGCCAGCACCGAAAGAGGAACCCGUGGAGACGGCCGUCAACGAAGUUGUCAGCCCCGCUGAUGCCCUCUACGAGAAAUGCGCGCAGCGGCCUGCGGGCCAGAUUUUCUUCCAGCGCGAUCUCUCAAACAUGCAGGUGGCUGAGACUAUGGCGCAGCUAACAGUGCUGUUGCAAGAGCUAUGUGACCGACAUCUCUUGAAGCUUAUGACAUUUGAGGGCGACCCAUGCUGGAAGCUACGGUCAAGAGAAGACGCCGACAAACUGCGACGACUUACACCCGACGAGCGUCUCCUCUACCACCACAUCGAUCAAGUGCAGGCUGACGGCAUCUGGUCCAAAGCCCUCCGAGCCAAAACCAACGUCACUCAACAGACCCUUACAAAAUGCCUCAAAAGCUUGGAAUCGAAGGACUUGGUGCAGUCAGUCAUGAGUGUCAAGUUUCCGAAUAGGAAAAUGUACCUGUUGAAGCAUCUGAAGCCAUCCGAAGAUAUUGCAGGUGGACCAUGGCAAUCCGAGGGUGACUUUGACACUGCGCUGAUCGACACAAUAUCGGGCAUCGUCGCCCAGCAUGUGGAGAACGAGACUUGCAUCAGGGUACCAGGAAAUUGGAACGACUAUGAGAUAACAGGCGACAGGACGGCCGCUAUCGCCCAAAAGAAGGCCGAAGUAUUGGGAGCCGUACGGGAUAUAGAGGAAGCGCCCGCCGUGAAGCCCUACAACCCAUCUAGAGACCCAAACACAUCCAAGCUCGUUCAUCGACACAACCCGCAGUACCCAACAGCUGCCUCUGUAGCCCAAUGGCUUAACUCAAAGGAGAUUUUGCGCGGCAAGACUGUACGUGAGGACGACAUGGAACAAUUGUUGGAGAUGAUGGUACUUGACGACCGGCUCGAAAAGAUAUCUGGUACCAAUUAUCGAACGGUGUUACGAGCCACCGACACCAAGGUCUACAACGGCUUUGUUGAUGCACCAUGUGGUAACUGCCCCGUCUUUGAUCUUUGCGGGGAUGAGGGUGAGAUAUCAGCAAGAACCUGCGUCUAUUUUGGCCAAUGGCUAGAGACCACAUCUGAGGAGAUAUAGUCAUUUCAUAACACAUGAGACCAUGAGGGUUUAGCGGGCAAAGUCAAGCCGUCUACACAGUAAGCUUACGAGCUUCACUCAAAAUGCAUAGCGCGGAGUUCUGGUUGUCAGCAUUUGCAUAGAGGAUCGGAAAGGUAUACCCAUCUAUUCAAAUACAAUUUUUACCAACACCUUCCU